AUGAAACCGGUCCUGCUUAUCUUCAUCCUGGUUCUUUCCGUUGAGCUUGCACAAUGUUCAAAAUUGACCGGUCCUUUUGAAGCUCUUUUCUUCUACUAUGCCUAUCAGAUCGAUGCCGCAGCUGCAGCCCGAGCUGCGGAAGAUGGGGUAGCAUAUGAGGCCACAAUUGGAGGCAAAUGCAUCGGUAAAGGUUGUACGUUAGAGGGCUUUAUAAAAACGAUCAUCAGCCCAAAUUCUGGAAGAUAUCUCACACCCACUGCAAUUGGGGCUUCUACAAGCCCAGAUGUAUAUGCAACUGCUGAGGAGAUCGACACAUAUUGGAAUUAUAAUAGCAAAAACUUACAGGCCGACCAAAUAAUCAAGGAUGCGCCAGAUGGAUUCGCGAACGUGGUUGACAAGGUCGUGGAUAAAAUACAAACGGCUCGAGCAGUUGUACCAUCUGCCAAUCUCGUGGACAAGGCAGUGGUGGCUUUGAAAUGGGCGCAAUCCGUCAGGCUCAGUGAGAUGGUUGUCCUUAAUGGGGAGCUUCGGGGUGGAAAGGCGCUGGCUUUUGAAAAAGAUUACCCAUGGCUCGAACAGCUGACGCUGACCACCCAGCGAGAAUUGGAUGUUGACAGGACUGUGUCACCGGAAUUGAAAAUAGUUUACACCGAUCUUGAUUAUGCAGAAAUGGCGUUGCGGUUAUCGAACGGGGACAGGACGAAACUGAUGGAUCAUUACGAAGAAUUUCUCGAGUUUGCCCGCACUGAACCUAGCGAACGCGUUUACAAAAUUCAUCAAAACAUCGUGAAUGUGUAUCAGCGUGUGGUAUCGUCGCUCGAAGCUGGCUGUUCUUAG